GAGGCAGUGAUCGUGUGCGGUAGGUUCUGCCUCCUAAAUGCGGCGGACCCUCCUCCACAUUUGUUUGCUAUUGUAGAAUUAUCCGCACCUGCUCAGUUCUUCUUGAAGAUGGCCUAAUGGUUUAAGGGGGUGACGCGUGUCCUGUUCUCCUCAUCCUUAAAGCACGUAGCCUACACUGAAAGAGGAUCAUCUAAGGAGCAACAAGAGCAUCAUGGACCCAGGUGUCUGGCGUCCGGAAUCCCUGUGGGCCCCAGGCCCCGCCCCCUCCUCGCUGGCGGCCAAAGGGUUCCGUAAAGUUCAGCCUAACUUGAGCAGGAGGCCGGCCGCACAGGGGAAUGCCAGCCAGUCCUCUCUCCCUCCGUUGUCCCCCCCUCCUCCUCUCCGACCCUUCACCUCUUCUCCUGGAGGUCGACAUCGAGGUCUCCCCCUCUCCCCCUCCUUCCCUCCUCCCACUACGCCCUCCAGCCCUCCCUCCUCCACCUCGGCAUUUGGCUUGGAGCUCAGGCACAGUCGGAGUGCAGAUCACAUCAGCAGCGACCAGAGAAGCUGCAGCCCCUUGGAUCAGACCUCCACCAGAACGAGAGGAAGGGACUGGUAUCGUAACAUGUACAACAAGAUUCAUGUGGUCCAAAAAGCAGAUCCGGAUUCGGCAGAAGCCUACAGCAGCACUAAGGGUAUCGCAAACAAAGCGUUGUCUAGCAACAGCCCUGACCCCGGCCACCUCCCCCCAAGCCCGGGCAGCGGCCGGUCGUCUCCCGCCACUCACAGAGACAGGAGGGAGGACUGUGGGCGGUACCGAGCGGAGCCCCGCAGCAUCUUCGACUAUGAGCCGGGGGCCUCGUCUGUCCUGGAGCGAGAGCAGCCGUCCCUCCAUCCCUCUGAUCUGUCUGUUGAGGAUGAGCCAUGGUUCAGGUUUUUUGCCGAGUUAGAGUUUGGCCGCCCGCCUCCCAAGAAAACUCUUGACGAGAUGCUGAACGAAGAUUCUCCUGUUCCUGACACGUUAUCCAGCCGUUUGAGUGGGGAAGACAGAUUCAUACAAAGUCCUGCAAGUUCGUCUGAUGACUAUAUCGACUGGGGGAAAUCUCAAUCAUCAAUAUCCCACUCCUCCAGCUGCCAUACAGCCAAUCACAGCCCAGUCAGAAGUAACCCGACCAAUCAGGGUCAGAUGUGGCCUUCAGCGCCCGCCAACAGCUGUGCUUCACCUAUCAAAAGCAGAGAGCCACCAAAGACUACGUUCAGAAACUCAGCCAUCCCUGACAGAAAGUCUGUUGCUGAGUGCGCCAGGGUUCUCUACAACUUUGAUGCUCACACCUCAAAGGAGCUGUCCCUGAGGAAAGGCGAUGUGGUGACCAUCACCAGACUGGUGGACAGUAACUGGUAUGAAGGCCAGCUCAGGAGAGCAGUGGGGAUAUUCCCUGUCUCCUAUGUCCAGAAGAUCUGUUCCCAGCCCCGUCGCCCCCCCCCACCCUCCACCCCGUCCCGCUCCUCCGUCCUGGGGGAGGCGGUGGUCCGCUUUAACUUCACAGCCGACACCCCAGUAGAGCUGUCCCUGCGUAAGCCUAGGUGGCAGACUCCCGUAGCGGACUCUGAACAGCUCAAGCCCUUACCCUUGCGACCUCAUGUUGAACCCUGGGCCGCCCCGCAUGGAGCUGCUUCCUCCCACUCCUCCUCCCCCUCCCAGACAGCCCUCCAGGCCCUCACCCAGGACUGGAUCUCCCUGACCUUUGACCUCCCAGCCUCCAUCUCCUCCCCCCUAUCCCCCUUCCACUCUCAUCCCACUGGAGGAUGUGCUUCCUCCUCAGCGCUGUCCAGCCCCCCCACCCCCCCACCCCUCCCCGCCUCCUUCACCCGCUACCUCCCCUGCACCCCCGCCGCCCCCCUCCAGCCCGGGGUCUCCACCCCAGGCCCGACUCCGCCCCCUUACCCUCGCGGCCUCCUGCUGGAGAUGCAGGAGCUGGACGCCUUGCUGUCGCCGUUCUCCCCCUACACACGCUCCUCCAGCCCUCUGACUGACAGCGUGGUCAACCUAUCACAGCUAAGAGCUGUUCCUAAUCAGCUCCUUCCCUCCACCUCCUCUAACCGUUCCCUGGAUCUGGCUGACACCGACCCACCCGCAUGCCUCCCGCAUGGAGAGCCCAGUCAGCUGGUCCUGGCGUCGCAGCUGGAACACCAGACGGCUCUCGCCAGGGAGCAAGAGGAGGAAGAGCUCUCCAAAGAGCUGGCAUCCUUCAUCCAUAUCAGUCGACCACAGAGCAGAGAGCUGCCAGCCGUUCCUCCGCUCUGUGAUUGGCUGAACGAUGAAGAAGUGUCAGACAGCGUGGCAGACAUCGACCUUCCUCUGCUCUUCAUAGAUGAGAGGGGGAACGACUUGGACUUCCAGGGAGCUAGUCCUGGGUGGAGUGCUGAGGUGUGA